CAGCGAACAGCGAACAGCGAACAUCGACCCAGCAUUCAUCCAUCGCACGAGGGGCAAAGGAGGUCGAAAGUCGAUAACAAUAGACGCUUCGUAAACCCGCUCCCUUUUCCCUACCCUUUGCUCUUCCUUUUUGGGAUCUGCUCUUGCAACUGAACUCUACUAGGCAAGAAAAAGGGCGCAAACACGGGCACGAUAUCUCUCCCUCUGCAAGACGAGCACGAGCACGAGCACGAGCACGAGCACGCUUUUCUUGUUCCCUCAACUCGGCGAGCAACAGCACGAGCAGGAUAGGGAGGCAAGUCGUCGUUGGAAGGGCGACAGCUGCACCCAAGGGAAAGGAUGUUGUCCUCGCUGCGCAACCUAUCCAUCCGAGCCUACCUGCUCCAAGCGCUCAACUUUCUGACGGUCAUCUCGACGGCCCUAGCGCUGUGGAAAGGCCUCUCGGUAUGGUGCGAUACGGAAUCGCCAGUGGUGGUGGUGUUGUCGGGAAGUAUGGAGCCGGCAUUUUAUCGAGGGGAUCUGCUCUUCUUGAGCAUGCCUAGUGCCGAGAGAAAGUUCAAGGUGGGAGAUAUCACGGUUUAUAAAGUGCCUGGAGCGGAUAUUCCCAUCGUUCAUAGGGUGCUUGAGACGCACGACUUGCCAGAGGAGGAUGAUCAGUUGCUGUUGACAAAGGGAGAUAACAACUCGGCGGACGAUCUGGUGCUGUACAAUGGCACGAGACAUUUGAGGAGGAGCAACGUGGUUGGAAAAGUCAAGGGAUAUAUGCCUUAUGUUGGAUACGUGACGAUUGCGCUGAACGAUUAUCCGAAGCUCAAGUACUUGUUAUUGGGAGGCUUGGGCCUAUCUUUGCUCUUGCAGAGGGAGUGAGAGAAUCGAGGAGGAGGAGGAGG